CAGAUCGAUUCCUGCCCACUCUUUCCCUGCCACUUGCAGGAAGGGGUCCCCAACCGAGGAUGUAGAGACGAGCUUUUAAAGCCGUGGAGCAGGAGCCCAGCGCCGCAGCCUCCCAUUCACCAGGGAUCUAAACAUAGCAAGAAAACAACACCCGAAAUGAUCUUAAAGGAACAAUGACCUGUAAUUUUGUAAACCAAACCAAGUAACAAAAUGCACCCAACAUGCAAGUGAUUGCAGAUGGAAACAAAUUACACAUCAGAGAUGACAAUGCUGGUAACAGUAUCAUCCUCCAUCCAGCCUGCUCCCAUCCGCCACCACCUUUCUCCCCCUCCCACCCUACCAAAGCCUGGAAAGGACAACCUGCGGCUCCAGCGGCUGCUGAAGAAGGCAGCCAAGAAAAAUGCUGUCUUAGCUUCAGAGCAAGCCAAGCCCUUUCGGUCCUGCCUCUCACCCGUGAAUGAGGCCAGCCCUGACCUAGAGCACAAUGAAAGCGCUCCCCCAGCAGAGACGCCCGAAACUACAGCACCCCCCUCCACCAGCCUCCCAACCCACCUCUCCAUCAAGCCUGUCACCCACCGUGUCCCUUCCCCGUUCCGGAAGAGCAAGCCUUUCACACUGAAGGUGACUGAGCAGAGGCGCAUUGCCGAACACCUCAGGAUCACGACCUCCCCGGCCAUGCCCAUGCUACACAAGCCAAGUGCUCCUGAGACUCCACAGCAGCCUGAAGGCACAGACAUCCAACUUCCCUCUCCAGGCAACCCUUCCAUAUUUGUUUGCCCCCAGCCACCUCCUUCCAGUACACCCAGUAAAGAAAGGGCACCAGAAGUUACCUAUGUCACCAAGGUACACGCUUAUUUCCACAGUGUCAAGCCACCCAGGGCUAAGACACCCACAUCAAACCAGACCCAAGCAACCACCAGCCAUGAAGACAAAAGGCCUUCUUCUCCAGCAGCUGAAACAAGCUGCUGUGAACAAUCUCCAGGGCAGACAGCCGUCCAGCUCAAUGACAGCGAGGCCACGGCUCCCACAAUGGAGCCUCCUCUCGUUCCUGCUGCAGAGGCAGAGCCUCCUAAGGACCCCAAGCCUGUUCCUACUGAAGAGUCCAUCAAGGCCCCUUCACCAAAGCCCAGCACCUCUGAUUCACACACCAAUAAGCCUACAACCCAUGGAAGUGACAUGGAAAUAUCUGGAUCAGAGAGAGCUCCUGAAUUACCCAAGCAAGAUGGUGACAUCCUAAUAAAACCAACACCCAGUGCUCCUUGGAGGAAAGCACACCCGCAAACAGCAACCAUAGCAGAAGCUGACAGCAUGGGCACCACCUCCACAGACACCAAGGCAGAACAUGUCACUCAACCUCACUUGACCUGCAGCUUACAAAACACCAGCCUGCCCCUCAAAGCUGAGCCAGCACUACCAUCAGUAGAAGCAGCAAAACCUCCUGGAGCCAAUGCUGGUGGCUGGCAUCGCCUCAGGAAGCACUUGAUGGUGCAGCCAGAAGAACCCAAAUUCCCAGAGCCUAAGUCAGAAAAGGUGGGACAGGAGGAAGAGAGCAAGGAAGACAGCUCUCAAGCAAUCAUCAGUCAAGACCAUAGCCUGUUUAAAUCAAGGGCCACAAGAAUGUGGGAUGCUAUUUUAUACCAGAUGACAGUUAACAAAGAAAAGAAGCAGCAAGCAGAAGAGAAGAAGCUGCAGAAGGAAGAAAGCGUCUUUCUUCCCCGCCGCUUACCCAUCCUUCUACAUAAGCCACGCUUUGACGCUCGGAAACUGAAGGAGCUGGCUGCCAAACCCAUGACAAAGAUCACCACUGUGCUCGAGGUGGGCCGAUUUAGACCCAAAGUAGCUGAGGAGCACACCAAGAGCUUUAACAGAACAGCAUCAGGAUGGUCAGUCAACUGAAGCCAGGCUGCUCCACCAGACCCACAUCCUCUGGAGGUUCCUACAAGGCACCAAGCAAAAGAGCACCUAUGUCUAGGUUUACUGCCUGACAGAGCCAAGCACAAGGAAAAAAAUAAAAUUAAAUAAAACCCCUCCAAGCCAGCAGCCUCAUGCUGUGAAUUUAAGGGUUACUCUCCAUAUCUAUAUAAGCUUAAAUGCAUAACAUACCACAUUCAGAGGUCAUGAGCCAGGAAAACAGACAUGCACUUGUUUUUAAAAAGAGCCAACAAGCACUGUAUGUGGUAAUACAGGGAAGAGAGGGGAGCCACACAGCGAAGAG